CAACUAACAGCCUUUCCUGCCUUUCCUCCAGUUUCCAAUAAUGGAAAGAGCUUCUCUUCUUCUCCUUCUCCUUACAGUUAUUUCUUUUCCACUCACACAGUCAUCAGCUCCAGAUCACUUCUUCAGGCCAUCAUCAGCUAAACCCAAACCCACUCUAUCUGGAUCGGAGUACAAACAAUUCUUCGAACUAAACCAUCCUCAACCGUCCGAUCAUUUGAAACCAUCAUGCUCUCUCCACAUCAUCCACCACACAUUCGGCAACACCAUCAAUCGUCCUCCCUUCUCGACCCCUUACUCUCCGCCCUCCGAUUGCCCACCUCCUUGGCUCCAUGUCGCUCUCGAGUUUCGCGCCAAUUCACGUGGCGACCAGUACGAUCGUAUCUCCGGGUUGUGGCUCGACGGAGCUGAGCUACUCCGUACCAGCACUGCCGAGCCGACUGAGUCCGGUAUCUUCUGGAUUGUUCGGAAGGAUAUUACUCGUUACUCAUAUCUUCUCUCGAAGAGAAACGUUAACUUCACUAUCAUGCUCGAAAACGUCGUUAAUAGUAUCUACACUGGCGUUUACCAUGUCGACGUCGUUAUCUUCUUCUACAAGGAUGCUGCCGUUAGGGCUUCGGUAACCCGGGGUGAUCACAUAAGCAUUUCCCCAAACCGCGGAGGAUUUGGAGCUAAGGGUGUGUAUGAAUCGCCGGCCGAUUUGAUAAUUCCGAUAUCUUCAUUUCGUAAUGAUAAGGGGUACUGGUUUAUAAUCGACGGGGAUUCGGAUGUUCAUUUCAGGAAAUUGAGAUUCCCAGCCAACACACGCAGAGCCGUUUUGGAAUUGUACGUGUCGUUUCAUGGAAACGAUGAGUUUUGGUACUCGAAUCCAUCGAAUACUUACAUUAGAAUGAACAAUUUGACGACUUUGCGUGGUAAUGGAGCGUUUAGGGAGGUUUUCGUGACAAUUGAUGGGAUGUUUGUGGCCUCAGAAGUACCAUUUCCGGUUAUUUUCACCGGUGGGAUUAAUCCUUUGUUCUGGGAACCUGCGGUGGCCAUUGGUGCAUUUGAUCUUCCCACUUAUGACUUCGAUUUGACCCCAACUUUAGGGGUUCUUUUGGAUGGAAAGGAUCAUGUGUUUGGAAUUGGUGUUAAUGAUGGCAUUUCUUAUUGGCUUGUUGAUGCUAAUUUGCACCUUUGGUUGGAUACUGGAGCAGCUAGUGUAGAAGCUAAAUCUGUGCAUUAUCAGAAUCCUGGUUCCUCCAUAAAACGACGAGAAGAGUUCAGAAAUCUUGAUGGGUCGUUUGCAAUCAAGGGGAAGAGGAAAACACAUCUGACGGGGUGGAUUAAAUCAAGUGCAGGUAACUUUACUACUACUGUAACGCAUGGGUAUAAGUUCAGGAGCACAAUAAGGUAUGCAAAGAAUGGGAAUUAUAAGCAGGUUAAACAGAAUAUGAAGUCCAGUAGAGAAGUUAAAGUGAUGAAUGAAAUGGGUAUAUUGCUUAGUCGUGAAACUAUUAAAAGAAGUUAUCCUCUCCAAGUACUCACUAUGAACCUUCCUGGAACUAAGAAGGAUACCUAUAUGCUUAUUACGAAUGUUUCUCAUGCUUUGACUGAUAAGUAUUCCAAUGGAAAGUUUUCUAGCUUUGUUCACAACAAACAGGUUGCUAAUGGUUGGAUGGAGGUAAAGGAUCAUGAUGUAAUUGCAGGCGAAGCUGUCACCAACCAAACCUUAACUUGCGUGGGUGAGACUGGUUGCUAUGUUCGUACUGUUGCAGUAAUUGGUGGCAGCCUUGUAGUAGACUAUUCAACCUAUGCAUGUCCAUCCUUUUUCUGAUAUUCUUUGGUUAUGCUAAUUUCGUUUAGAUUACUCUUGUUCUUACAUCUCCAAAUAAAAUGUGUCUUUUGUAUUUGUUUCUUUUUGUUUAAUCAAUCUUUGUUGUAGUGUUAAUUCCCAAUGUUUAAACCACUGCAAGAUUUCUUCUUUGAAAUUUUGGUGUUCCUCUUGUGUGUUUCUGAA